AUGUAUCGUCUCGCUGCCGCAGCAGUGGCAGCUACAGCAACCUCAGCGCGUAGACAUUCCGCGACAGCCGUUAGAGCAGCUACAGCGGCUGGUACGGAUUCAGCCGCGAGAGCAGCGUCAUAUGCUAGAGCAGCUACAGCUGCUACAGCCACUAGAAAUGCUACAGCCGCUACAGCGGCUACAGGCAUUAACACAGCUACAGCGGCUGGAACGGCUACAGCCGGCACGGACCAGGCUACGGCUAAAAGCGGAGCGGGCAAGAGCGGAGGAGGCUCUUUGGGUGAGAGGGUGAAGAAAGGCGCUCUGGUGGAAUUCGAGAAGGAGCAGCAGAGGCACGUGGUGGGGGUGGUGAUGCGACCGGAAGGGAAGAAGAACUGGAUCGUUAUGGAUCAGAACGGCAACACCUUCUCUGUGAGGCCGCAGCAGCUGACAUUCGUGGAAGUACGGGAGGAGGACUUUAACGCUGCCGAUCUCUCCUCCUUCCUCUCAUCUGUUGACUCACUAUCGGCUGAUGGCUCUCUCCUCGAGAUGGUGUGGGAGAUGUUCCUUUCAGAGCAGCCCACAGUCACCACACAGGAGUUUGCAGAGAUUGCCUUCGGAGAGGCUGAGGACCCGCUAGUGCCGCACUUUGCCGCCCAUCGAAUGCUGACUGCCGACCGCAUCUUCUUCAAGAGAGUCCGCGGCGCCGCCCACUCCUUUGAGCUGCGGCCGCCCGUGCAGGUGGAGCAGCUGAGGAAGCAAGCAGCAGCAGAGGCAGCAGUGCGAGCGGAGCAAGAGGAGCGAGAGCAGAGAGGGCAGAGGGAGCAGGAGGGGGCAGUGGAGCAGCUAAGGAAGCAGGCAGCAGCGGAGGCAGCAGUGCGAGCGGAGCAAGAGGAGUUUGUGACCUGCGUUCGAGAAGCACUGAGUUGA